GAAGAUGCAACAAGUUCCUGCUCAAACCUAAACCUAUUUACUCAUUCCAAAGAUAUCAUGUUAUCUAAGCCAGUCAUUACAUCAUCAAGUAAAGCUGCAUAAGGCAUAAGCAGACGUGUACAGACUCCGUGCAGCUCAACAGCCGAAACCUGUCAGUAGGCAACAAACUGGCAAACUUCUCAUCCAAAAUCACGUGAUCGAUCACUUGUAAACAAGAUGGCCGCGUCCAGUCGUGUGUUGGUGUAUGGAGGGAAAGGUGCGCUCGGAUCCGUCUGUGUCAAGUAUUUCAAGGAGAAAAGCUGGUGGGUAGGCUCUAUUGACCUGGUGCCUAACGAGGAGGCUGAUGCCAAUGUGGUGGUGCAGCCAUGUGAGUCAUGGCAGGAGCAGACCGACGCCGUGCUGAAGGGCGUGGACGAUUCCCUGCGCGGAGAGAAGGUGGACGCCAUCUUGUGCGUGGCAGGAGGCUGGGCAGGCGGACAUGCUGGCACAAAGGACUUCAUCAAGAACUCAGACCUGAUGUGGAAACAGAGUGUGUGGACGUCUUCCAUCGCAGCCAAGUUGGCUUCACAGCAUCUCAAGGAUGGAGGAGUACUCACCUUGCCAGGGGCUCAGCCUGCGCUGGGGGGAACAGCAGGAAUGAUUGGCUAUGGGAUGGCCAAGGCUGCUGUCCACCAGCUGACCAAGAGUUUGGGCCAGCCCAAUGGUGGUCUUCCUGAGGGGGCUGCUGCAAUCGCCAUUCUUCCAGUGACCUUGGACACCCCCAUGAACAGGAAAUGGAUGAAAGAUGCUGACUUCAGCACAUGGACAUCCCUGGAGUUUGUAGCAGAGCUAUUCUACAACUGGACUCAGGGUAAGGACCGCCCAGCAAGCGGCACACUCCUGAAACUCAACACAUCCGAUGGCAUCACCAAAUGUACUCCUGCUAACUGACUCCAGCCAGGAGGCCUUUCUAUGGACAACAACGCCCAGCUCCCAGGCUGACAAACAACGGGAAAUGAUUUGGACCUUGAUGGAUUUGGACCUUGGUGGUAGAUGCAUCCUGUCGACAGUGUUAUUCAUUUGUAAUGUUGUUGAAGAUAGACUUUGCAAGGUUUGGGCCUAUUUUGUCAGUCUAACAAAAUGCCUUCCUUCCCAAAAUGAUACGUAUCAUCAGAAACAGUUUGUAACCUACCUACGUUUAUCAAUGAUUAGCUGCCUAAAAGUUGCAGGGUUUUCAUUGGUAUCCUUUGGGUUUAAUUGCAAAAACAAGCUAGAUACGCUAAGACAAAAAAUGGCAAAAAUCCUGUUAAGUCUAUGUUUGAAUGUAAGAAAUAUUGUAGCUUGCCCAAAGCAGGAAGGAUAGAAGCCUCCAGGUAGAGAAUGAGAAGGCUUUCUUAAACUCAACAAGUGAUCAUGUGAUAGAGUGUUAUGGGUGAACUAAUAGAUAGUGGUGGUGCAAACUGGUGAUUCUUGGUGCUGACUUAAGACAUAUCUGUGAAUCAACAUUUACAAGUAGCUAGUAGAACUAAGGCCCUGCAAGUGAUUUUGAGAGAGAACUUCUGGCAGCCUAUUCACAUGUGUAGAAAUCGUGAGACAUGACUCUGAAAAGAGAAACUUGCACACAAACAUUUGAAAAGCACAUUUUGUAGGCUGAAUAGCUGCAACAAUAGGUCAUGGUAACAAAUGUGGAGACAGUUUACGUAGACAAGUGUAUGCGUACCAGGUCUAAAGCCCAAACCAUUAAAAUGCAGGUGUCAUCCAGGAAACCAAGUUUGUUUAA